AUUUGCACUAAGUACAAUGCAACACGAUAACUUAUUAUUUCAUUGUUUCCCAUGUCACUGGUGGGGCUGAUUAGGUGAGCAAUAGAGGGUAUGUGUGCUAAGUAUAUUCAUAACUUUUAAGUGCCGUUUAUCCAACCUCCACAGUAAAUUGGCCACCAUGUUGGAUGUCAAGUUUAUUAAGAGUUUUUUUUGUGGCCUUUUUUGGAAGCUUAGAAAGCAUCCUGAGGAUCUAAUGGGGUCUAGUAGUCACCUGAAAGAUUGCUAUCAAGAAGUACAGAGCGAGUUCCUGGAACAGAUGCUUUUUCUAUUGUUUCUCUGUUGCUGCCAUUGGCAAACUGACGUCCAAAGAGUUAAUUUUAUCUUGAAAGUUAUUACGUUUUAUGUUAUUGAGAGCCACCUGGAAGUUUUAGCAAGACACAUAUUGUUUUUUAGCCUGCUGUGUGAGCCGAGUGACAAGAUAGGAAUAAGAGAAAAGACUGAACUGUUUCUUGAACUUUUUGGUAAUACUUUAGUAAGAGCUCAAACUGCUCAGUACUUGAAGGAGAAAGCUGAUGAUCUUAUUAGGUUUGUAACUGAUCCCUCUAACAAGUUAAUCCCCUUUCUUGAUCUCAGUAGUUUGAAGUUCAAGGAAAGAGACAUGUUAGAAGGUAUAUUCAAGUUUUGGCAAAACCCAGAUGAAAAGACAUUUACAAUAGAAAAGCAUUGGGACAAAAGGCUAAGGCAUCAUCUUGCACAAAGGUACGACUCACGCAGAGGAGUUUUUGAUUGGGACUAUCACAUGAAGCUUCAAGAAAUGGUCCCAUUGAUAUGCAAUGAUGAGUAUAUACAAUGGAGAGAGGAUGGAGUAGCCUUUCACCUGCGUGAUGAUGCUCCUUACGACAUCAGUAACCGUAUGCUUGCUAAUGGCGCUCUCCUUCACAAUAGAGAUGGAGAUCUUGUUGGUCAACGUGGAUAUUGGGGAGACAUUGUGACCAGUCCCUUCAUUGCAUUUGGAAGCUAUUGUGAUGAUGAGAGGAUGUUGAAGAAAGCAAAUGAUAAAUACGUGAAAAGCUCUCAGGAGAUUAGUCAACAUAAUGUAUACUCUAUGCUAGAAUUACUUUUGACUGGAACCAGCUCUUCUUCCUCUAAUCCUGACUCAGGCAUUGAAGAAAUAACUAAUGACACUAUUGGUCGUUUGAUUGAUGGUUCAGUUAGAGUCACAUUGCUACCACUUAAUUCAGCAACAGAACUGGGAAAGAAAUCGAAAUAUGAGAAAUUAUUCCACUGUGCCUUUUUCUCAAACAGUAUGAUACAUCAUCUAACAUCUGUCAAUGGACUGGACAGAGUAAUGAAUGAAAGAUGCUUACUGAUAUGUGAAACGGCUAGAUUCAUACUUGAUUUGAGAAAAGAGAAUAAAGAUGAAUAUCUUAAGAAAGUAAUACAAAUGGCUUUGGCCAUUGGAUUUAAGUCAUCUCAAGUCGAAACAGAUGCUAGCAAUACUCUGUUGUUCACACUAUCAUGAUGAUUGCCAUCAUUAGCACUCCUUAUCACUUAUUGUUACUAAUAUGACAAAUUAUUAUUAUUCAUAAAACACUAAAAUUAUGAUAAUACAGAUAAAUAGUCAUUGAUUUCUUCAUUUUCAUUUCGGAAAACAAGGUUUCUUUCUAUA